AUGAAGCAAAAGCUUUCCGUGAAGCCGCAUCCGCAUCAACCACCAAUCUCAGUCACCCUAACAGACGAGGCUGACGUGGCAAACGAAUGGGUCCAAUCCUUCGCCGGGUGGGACGUGACGUCAGGCCACCAGCACCGGAUCAUGCUCGGCAUGGACAUCAAAUGUCAACCAAUCAGAUCGCGAGGCCGGGAAGGCAGCGUGGCGCUAGUCCAGCUCAGCAACAGCUCCCACUGCCUGAUUCUCCAAAUGCUCUACAUCGAUCGAAUGCCUGAAGAAGUCGCGGAGCUUCUCGAGAACCCCGACGUGCCGAUCGGUGGGUGCGGGAUCGAGGCCGCGGCGAAGCUGCUCGAAACCGACUACGGGUUACCAUGUAACGGGAUCGUGGAGCUGGGACAGCUCGCGGCGAAGAUCUACCACAACAAGCGGUGGCGACAAGCGGAUUUGGACGAAAUGAAUUACCAGCUGGUGGGAACGCCGGUGAUGAAGCCAAGGCGAGUGGGACCGGCGGAGUGGUGGCGCCAGGGGCUCGGGUGGAAUCAGAUCCAGCUGGCGGUUCUCGACGCGUGGAUGGCGUUUUCUGUCUUUUCUGAACUCGCGAUCAAGGCGACCGGGAAAGCCGUGUUGAUGUCGGUACGAACUUCUAGGGGAGCGGAAGUGAAGAAGGUGGCGGGGUGCGGCAGCACCUUGCACCAACCCGCGUUGGCCCUAGCUGACAUGUUUCAAGGCCUCCAGCAGUACAUCAAGCGGGGCGGACGUGAAGAAGGUGGCGGGGUAGACAGCAGAGCCCCACUGGGGGUGCAGCAGCACCUUGCAGCAGCCCGCGUUGGCCACCGGGUAUCCCAGCAGCGUCUGUGCUGCCUCCACCUCGCCGUAAUAUCAGCCUGCAUUGGCACCGGGUACCCCAGCAGCCUGCAUUGGCACCGGGUACCCCAGCAGCCUGCAUUGCAUUGGCACCGGGUACCCCAGCAGCCUGCAUUGGCACCGGGUACCCCAGCAGCCUGCAUUGGCACCGGGUACCCCAGCAGCCUGCAUUGGCACCGGGUACCCCAGCAGCCUGCAUUGGCACCGGGUACCCCAGCAGCCUGCAUUGGCACCGGGUACCCCAGCAGCCUGCAUUGGCACCGGGUACCCCAGCAGCCUGCAUUGGCACCGGGUACCCCAGCAGCCUGCAUUGGCACCGGGUACCCCAGCAGCCUGCAUUGGCACCGGGUACCCCAGCAGCCUGCAUUGGCACCGGGUACCCCAGCAGCCUGCAUUGGCACCGGGUACCCCAGCAGCCUGCAUUGGCACCGGGUACCCCAGCAGCCUGCAUUGGCACCGGGUACCCCAGCAGCCUGCAUUGGCACCGGGUACCCCAGCAGCCUGCAUUGGCACCGGGUACCCCAGCAGCCUGCAUUGGCACCGGGUACCCCAGCAGCCUGCAUUGGCACCGGGUACCCCAGCAGCCUGCAUUGGCACCGGGUACCCCAGCAGCCUGCAUUGGCACCGGGUACCCCAGCAGCCUGCAUUGGCACCGGGUACCCCAGCAGCCUGCAUUGGCACCGGGUACCCCAGCAGCCUGCAUUGGCACCGGGUACCCCAGCAGCCUGCAUUGGCACCGGGUACCCCAGCAGCCUGCAUUGGCACCGGGUACCCCAGCAGCCUGCAUUGGCACCGGGUACCCCAGCAGCCUGCAUUGGCACCGGGUACCCCAGCAGCCUGCAUUGGCACCGGGUACCCCAGCAGCCUGCAUUGGCACCGGGUACCCCAGCAGCCUGCAUUGGCACCGGGUACCCCAGCAGCCUGCAUUGGCACCGGGUACCCCAGCAGCCUGCAUUGGCACCGGGUACCCCAGCAGCCUGCAUUGGCACCGGGUACCCCAGCAGCCUGCAUUGGCACCGGGUACCCCAGCAGCCUGCAUUGGCACCGGGUACCCCAGCAGCCUGCAUUGGCACCGGGUACCCCAGCAGCCUGCAUUGGCACCGGGUACCCCAGCAGCCUGCAUUGGCACCGGGUACCCCAGCAGCCUGCAUUGGCACCGGGUACCCCAGCAGCCUGCAUUGGCACCGGGUACCCCAGCAGCCUGCAUUGGCACCGGGUACCCCAGCAGCCUGCAUUGGCACCGGGUACCCCAGCAGCCUGCAUUGGCACCGGGUACCCCAGCAGCCUGCAUUGGCACCGGGUACCCCAGCAGCCUGCAUUGGCACCGGGUACCCCAGCAGCCUGCAUUGGCACCGGGUACCCCAGCAGCCUGCAUUGGCACCGGGUACCCCAGCAGCCUGCAUUGGCACCGGGUACCCCAGCAGCCUGCAUUGGCACCGGGUACCCCAGCAGCCUGCAUUGGCACCGGGUACCCCAGCAGCCUGCAUUGGCACCGGGUACCCCAGCAGCCUGCAUUGGCACCGGGUACCCCAGCAGCCUGCAUUGGCACCGGGUACCCCAGCAGCCUGCAUUGGCACCGGGUACCCCAGCAGCCUGCAUUGGCACCGGGUACCCCAGCAGCCUGCAUUGGCACCGGGUACCCCAGCAGCCUGCAUUGGCACCGGGUACCCCAGCAGCCUGCAUUGGCACCGGGUACCCCAGCAGCCUGCAUUGGCACCGGGUACCCCAGCAGCCUGCAUUGGCACCGGGUACCCCAGCAGCCUGCAUUGGCACCGGGUACCCCAGCAGCCUGCAUUGGCACCGGGUACCCCAGCAGCCUGCAUUGGCACCGGGUACCCCAGCAGCCUGCAUUGGCACCGGGUACCCCAGCAGCCUGCAUUGGCACCGGGUACCCCAGCAGCCUGCAUUGGCACCGGGUACCCCAGCAGCCUGCAUUGGCACCGGGUACCCCAGCAGCCUGCAUUGGCACCGGGUACCCCAGCAGCCUGCAUUGGCACCGGGUACCCCAGCAGCCUGCAUUGGCACCGGGUACCCCAGCAGCCUGCAUUGGCACCGGGUACCCCAGCAGCCUGCAUUGGCACCGGGUACCCCAGCAGCCUGCAUUGGCACCGGGUACCCCAGCAGCCUGCAUUGGCACCGGGUACCCCAGCAGCCUGCAUUGGCACCGGGUACCCCAGCAGCCUGCAUUGGCACCGGGUACCCCAGCAGCCUGCAUUGGCACCGGGUACCCCAGCAGCCUGCAUUGGCACCGGGUACCCCAGCAGCCUGCAUUGGCACCGGGUACCCCAGCAGCCUGCAUUGGCACCGGGUACCCCAGCAGCCUGCAUUGGCACCGGGUACCCCAGCAGCCUGCAUUGGCACCGGGUACCCCAGCAGCCUGCAUUGGCACCGGGUACCCCAGCAGCCUGCAUUGGCACCGGGUACCCCAGCAGCCUGCAUUGGCACCGGGUACCCCAGCAGCCUGCAUUGGCACCGGGUACCCCAGCAGCCUGCAUUGGCACCGGGUACCCCAGCAGCCUGCAUUGGCACCGGGUACCCCAGCAGCCUGCAUUGGCACCGGGUACCCCAGCAGCCUGCAUUGGCACCGGGUACCCCAGCAGCCUGCAUUGGCACCGGGUACCCCAGCAGCCUGCAUUGGCACCGGGUACCCCAGCAGCCUGCAUUGGCACCGGGUACCCCAGCAGCCUGCAUUGGCACCGGGUACCCCAGCAGCCUGCAUUGGCACCGGGUACCCCAGCAGCCUGCAUUGGCACCGGGUACCCCAGCAGCCUGCAUUGGCACCGGGUACCCCAGCAGCCUGCAUUGGCACCGGGUACCCCAGCAGCCUGCAUUGGCACCGGGUACCCCAGCAGCCUGCAUUGGCACCGGGUACCCCAGCAGCCUGCAUUGGCACCGGGUACCCCAGCAGCCUGCAUUGGCACCGGGUACCCCAGCAGCCUGCAUUGGCACCGGGUACCCCAGCAGCCUGCAUUGGCACCGGGUACCCCAGCAGCCUGCAUUGGCACCGGGUACCCCAGCAGCCUGCAUUGGCACCGGGUACCCCAGCAGCCUGCAUUGGCACCGGGUACCCCAGCAGCCUGCAUUGGCACCGGGUACCCCAGCAGCCUGCAUUGGCACCGGGUACCCCAGCAGCCUGCAUUGGCACCGGGUACCCCAGCAGCCUGCAUUGGCACCGGGUACCCCAGCAGCCUGCAUUGGCACCGGGUACCCCAGCAGCCUGCAUUGGCACCGGGUACCCCAGCAGCCUGCAUUGGCACCGGGUACCCCAGCAGCCUGCAUUGGCACCGGGUACCCCAGCAGCCUGCAUUGGCACCGGGUACCCCAGCAGCCUGCAUUGGCACCGGGUACCCCAGCAGCCUGCAUUGGCACCGGGUACCCCAGCAGCCUGCAUUGGCACCGGGUACCCCAGCAGCCUGCAUUGGCACCGGGUACCCCAGCAGCCUGCAUUGGCACCGGGUACCCCAGCAGCCUGCAUUGGCACCGGGUACCCCAGCAGCCUGCAUUGGCACCGGGUACCCCAGCAGCCUGCAUUGGCACCGGGUACCCCAGCAGCCUGCAUUGGCACCGGGUACCCCAGCAGCCUGCAUUGGCACCGGGUACCCCAGCAGCCUGCAUUGGCACCGGGUACCCCAGCAGCCUGCAUUGGCACCGGGUACCCCAGCAGCCUGCAUUGGCACCGGGUACCCCAGCAGCCUGCAUUGGCACCGGGUACCCCAGCAGCCUGCAUUGGCACCGGGUACCCCAGCAGCCUGCAUUGGCACCGGGUACCCCAGCAGCGUCUGUGCCGCCGCCACAUGUCUGGCUGUUGCGAUUCACCAUGUGAUGGGGCGAGUGGGUGGUGUUGGGGUGGGGUGUGGAAAAAAGGGGGGAGGGAAUAUGGGGCCACGUCUGUGCCGCUGCACCUCUUCAUAG